AUGGCCGCUCCGGGUGGUGGUGGCGGAGGCAUCGGUGGUAACAACUGUUUCGAGCAUAUUAUACAAGAGUUGGGUCAAGUGCUCGGGCCGUACGACUACCAGGGCCUGUACGCCGCCUAUGGGUUCGGCGCCCGACUGGUGACCACCACUGCCGGUGCCGCUGACGGUGUGCCGCCCCCAGUGUCGCACGCGUUCAACAUGAAUGCCCAGUCAGUGGUGCCCUACUGUGACGGCCCGCAGGACAUGAUCCGCGCCUACCGGAGCUCAUUGAAAGUGGUAGAGCCGGCGCCGGGCGGGUGUCGACAGUUCGCGCCUGUGAUCAACGAGUCGCUCGCGUUGGCCAAAAACUUUCAAAACGGCAAACACUACUUCGUGUUGACAAUACUGACGACCGGUUCGCACGCCGACACCGGCGACACAUUGGAGGCCAUUGUGAAGGCGUCGGCACUCCCGGUGUCGGUACUCAUUGUGGGCGUCGGCGGCGCCGCCUUCACGGCGCUCAAGAGGUUGAGCGGCGACUCCACGUGCUCUCGAGGCUGUCGUACGUAUAGGGAUAACGUCCAGUUUUUUCAGCUGAAGAAUUAUCUGAGCGAUGGAUUAGUGGACAGUCGUCUGGCGGCGGAUCUGUUGGAGACAAUACCCACACAAAUGCUUCAAUACAUGGAUUCUCGCAAUUAUUUACCACAAAAUAUAUCAAAUAUGGGCAAAAUGUCGGUCACCGGAGAUGUGCUGAUAAACGGACGGCCGGUAAAUGGGGGGACACUGGCCUCCAUCUCGUCGUAUAUUCAACAAAACGAUUUCGAUGAGCCGACGAGUGGUUUGGACUCAUUUAUGGCCGAAAGUAUUGUACGGCUACUGAAGGCUAUGGCCUGUGAGGGCCGGACUAUAGUCUGUACAAUACAUCAGCCGUCGUCCCAAGUGUUUGCACUUUUCGACCACUUAUUACUGAUGACCGACGGAAGGGUUGCUUUCAUGGGAACUAAUGGUUUAUGGCUACAAUUUACCACGCUAAUGAUGAGAUCGUAUAAACUGACCAUACGCAACACCGAUGAAAUUAAAAUGCAGCUGGCUCGCUCAUUGGCAAUGUCCAUUUUUAUGGGCCUAGUGUUUCACAAACAGUACCCGAUAUCUACAGAUGUGGAUAAUAUUAAUGGCAUAUUAUUUAUGAUCGUACAAAACAAUAUAGUGCUUAACACUCUAGCAUUUGUUAACAUACCCAUAUCAAUGGUAGUUUCAAUGAUCUUCAUAUCGAUUGUCUAUUUCAUGGCGGGUCUGAAUCCCGAUCCGCAGGCGUUUGCUAUUUGUGUUGGAAAUAAUAUGUUAUUACUUAUUGCCGGCGGUUUCUUAGGUAGUUGGGGAGACGUCGGCUUUCACGGCUCACAACAGGUGCGGACACCAAACAUAGACCUAUUGGCCGGAAGUGGUUACGAGACACAUAUGCUGGGCAAAUGGCAUCAGGGCUUUUUCAAACGAGAAUAUACGCCAACACAACGCGGAUUUGACACACAUUUCGGGUAUUGGACGGAUUCGGAGGACUAUUACACUCGAUCGGCAGCCAAU